GGCGGGAAAGGCGGUUGGAGAGGGAGGGGCGAGCGGUUACUUACUCCAUGGCUGCCGAAAAGAGAGGCGGCGGCGGUGGCGGCCUCGGCUGAAGAAAGAAGGUGGGAGCGAAGAGCGCAGGCGCGGUGAGCGCGGGUUGCAGACGCUGAAGGAUUGGCUUGGGAGCUCCGGAGUAGCUGCUGUCACCAGAGUCUGGAGCCAUGAGCGGGUUUAAUUUUGGAGGCACUGGGGCCUCUACAAGUGGGUUCACAUUUGGCACCGCAAAGACAUCAACGACCACGCCCUCCACAGGGUUUUCUUUCUCUGCUUCGGGCACUGGAUUGUUUAAUUUUGGGACUGCCUCUCAGCCAGCUACAACCACCCCUACCACCAGCCUAUUCUCACUCACGACCCAGGCUCCAACCACACAGACCACAGGGUUCACUUUUGGAACAACUCCUGCUUCUGGAGGAAGUGGCUUUUCCUUAGCUCCAAAGCUAAACCUGACCAACACAGCUACCACCCCUGCCCCAGCAAACACAGGUGGCUUUGGGCUUGGCAGCAGCACGCUCACCAAUGCCAUAUCAAGUGCCAGCACCUCCAGCCAGGGAGCUGCAUCCUCUAGCUUUGUGUUUGGCUCCACCACCACCACCACCACUACCACCACCACCUCCACGGCCCCAACUACCACGUCUGGAGGGUUUUUGUUCACCAGUGGAGGUGCAGCCCAGCCUGGGGCCUCUGCUUUCAACAUUGGCUCCUUGGGUGGUUUGGCCCAACCCACUGCCCUUCCCGGGUUACCCUUCAGUGCCGGCACUCCAGCGAGCACUGGGGCUGGGGCCAGCACCACCCCAGCUUCCACCACCACCACCACCAGCACGGGGCCCACCCUCUUUGCUUCCAUAGCUGCUGCUGCCCCCACCUCGUCCACCGCCACAGGGCUCUCCCUCUCGGCCCCAGCAACUACGGCUGGGGCCCCCGGAGCUGGGACGCUGGGCUUCAGCCUAAAGCCCCCCGGAGCAGCUUCUGGCACUUCCACUGGCGCACCCACAGCCACCACCACCACCACCAGUAGCAGCUUUGCCUUGAGUUUAAAACCACUUGUGCCAACGGGGAUCCCCAGCAACACAGCAGCUGCUGUGACCAUUCCACCAGGCAGCAGCACCACAGCCGGGACUGCUGCCUGCCCCGUGAUGACCUACGGGCAGCUGGAGAGCCUCAUCAACAAGUGGAGCCUGGAGCUAGAGGACCAGGAGCGCCACUUCCUGCAGCAGGCCACCCAGGUGAACGCCUGGGAUCGCACGCUCAUUGAGAAUGGGGAGAAGAUCACCACCCUGCACCGUGAGGUGGAGAAGGUAAAGCUGGACCAGAAGAGGCUGGACCAGGAGCUCGACUUCAUCCUGUCACAGCAGAAGGAGCUGGAGGACCUGCUGAGCCCGCUGGAGGAGUUGGUGAAGGAGCAGAGCGGCACCAUCUACCUGCAGCAUGCUGACGAGGAGCGCGAGAAGACCUACAAGCUGGCGGAGAACAUCGAUGCACAGCUGAAGCGCAUGGCCCAGGACCUCAAGGACAUCAUCGAGCAUCUGAACACGUCAGGCGGCCCCGCUGACACGAGUGACCCACUGCAGCAGAUCUGCAAGAUCCUCAAUGCGCACAUGGACUCGCUACAGUGGAUCGACCAGAACUCCGCCCUGCUGCAGCGCAAGGUGGAUGAGGUGGCCAGGGUCUGUGAGGGGCGCCGCAAGGAGCAGGAACGCAGCUUCCGGAUCACCUUUGACUGAAGCUGCAUAGGCUGGCUGUCUCAUGUUCUAAUUCUUACUUUCAGAUGAUUGUGCUGUUGAGAGAAGUGUUGUGUGCUUUGAUUUCUUGUUAGCAAAUGGGAGCUGUUUGGAGCCUUCUGGUCCAGGCAGAAACCUAGUGAGUGCUUUUGUGUUUACGCUUGCGUCCUGGCCCCUUCUCUCCUCAUCCUUUCCCCCAGCCAAGGGACAGAGAAGUGCUGGUUUACCUUAGGAAUAUUCCCUGGCACUGCGGUCACCCUGUCCAGUGCACUCAUAGGUGCAGGGCAAAAAAGACGCUGUGGCAAGGAAGCUGUCCUCAAUAGGAGAUGGCAGCUUGGUCUCAGAGUACAGGAUGUCUGCUGUGACAACCAGAACCAAGGGCGGCUGUGACCUGGACAGACAGCGGCUAAUGGCAGAGGAGCAGCCAGCUAAGGGACCUGCACAAGGGUGGGGGCAGGAAAGGAUUGGGGCACAGAGGCCUCCUCUGCUACCUCGUUCAUUCUCCAGGAAGCCAGCUGCUGCCCCGCAUCUGUGUGUUGUGCUUUCCUAUGUCCCAGCCCCGUUCCUGUGAUGGAGAAACUGGUGAUCAGACCUGCCACGGCAGCAGUCCACAGAAUCAUCUUCCACAGCAGCCUCCCUUGCCCUGGCCCCGAGCUUCCCAGUGCCAAAGUUGAGUAGUCACUAUAAGAUCUACGAAGAAGCCAGCUGUGUUCAGGUGUCUAUUUUCACUCUGCUUUGCUGCACUACCUGCAAUGCCUAUGGUUGUAUGUUGCUUUCCUAAAUAAAGUAAGAAUUGUGACC